AAUAAAACCUGGUUUCAUCAAAUGGAAAUAAAACAAGAAUUUACUGAAGAUACUUGUAAACUAGAGAUAUAUUCUAAUAAGGUGGAUGAUACUUUUUUAGAUAGGUUUAAAAGUGAAAUUAAAGAGGAGCCCAUUAAAGAAAGUACACAUGAUACAUUUGAUUAUCUAGACCUAAAGGAAUUCUCCAUAAAAACUGAAAUAGAUGGUGAAAAUAAACUUGUACAAUGUGAAGAAAAACAAACAAAGACUUUUACUCAGGAGGAGAACAAAGUGGAAAUAAUGGAAACGUUGUUUAAACAUUCAAUCCACAAAAGACACUAUAUGAGUCGGCAAGCUGAAGGGAAAACCGUAAAUAAAAAUAUAAAAGUUCGGACUAGACAUGGGCCUUACAAAUGUGGAAUUUGUUUCAAACAGUUUCUUUGGAAAUGUACUUUAAAAAUACAUUUGAUGACACACACUGGAGAAAAACCUCACAAGUGUGAAAUUUGUUUUAAACUGUUUACUCUUCAAACUAAUCUGAAAAGACAUUUGAUGGUACACACUGGAGAAAAACAAUACAAGUGUGCAAUUUGUUGUAAACAAUUUUGCGAAGCAGAUUCUUUAAAAAGACAUUUGAGAGUGCACACUGGAGAAAAACCUUACAGGUGUGAAAUUUGUUUUAAACAGUUUUCUCUAACAUGUACUUUGAAAAAACAUUUGAGAGUGCACACUGGAGAAAAACCUCAUACAUGUGAAAUUUGCUUAAAGAGGUUUAUUGAUAUAGGGGAUUUGAAAAAACAUUCUUAUAAGUGUGAGAUUUGUUUUAAGCAAUUUAUUCAUCCAUGUAAUUUGAAAACACAUGUGAGAGUGCACACUGAAGAAACACCUUAUAAGUGCGAAAUUUGUUUUAAGAAAUUUAUUCAAGCAGGUAAUUUGAAAAUACAUUUGAGAGUGCACACUGGAGAAAAACCUUACAAGUGUGAAAUUUGUUUUAAGCAGUUUUCUCGAACAGAUACUUUGAAAAAACAUUUGAAAGUGCACACUGGAAAAAACUUUAAGUAAAAAACAUUUAAAAAAGAAUGUGUGAACCAUCGAUUCCUCUUGUUUUGAGUAUAACAGUUUAAUCCACGCUCUUUGUUCCCGUACAUGAGCAAAAAAUCCAAGGUUUGGCAGUGAUGUGAUAAAAUUUUUUGAAAUUCGAUGCGCUUAAGUCUGUUCAAGAAAAAACUUGAAAACUAUCUUAAAAUAAAUUUUUGUUAGCUGAUGCAUUGUUUUCCAAUUUGAUGUUUUA